AAAAUCCAACCCAUCGACCUCAUUCCGUUUCCUUCUCCCUCUCUUCUUGCUCAGUGAACAGCGCUUCCCUCUUCACUUGGCCGAGUCACUAGCAACUCCGACCUCCGACCGAAACCCUAGCUCUCUGCCACCAUGAACUGCGCACUAUCCGGCGAGGUGCCGGAAGAGCCUGUGGUCUCCAAGAAGUCCGGAUUGCUCUUCGAGAAGCGUUUAAUCGAGCGACAUAUCUCGGAAUAUGGGAAAUGCCCGGUAACCGGUGAACCACUUACCGCUGAUGAUAUCGUUCCAGUUCAAACGGGGAAGAUAGUGAGGCCCCGACCUGCACAAGCUGCUAGUAUUCCUGGAAUGCUCGGAAUGUUCCAGCUUGAAUGGGACAGUUUGAUGCUAGCCAACUUUGCAAUGGAGAAACAACUACAUACAGCAAGGCAAGAGUUGAGUCAUGCUUUGUAUCAGCAUGAUGCUGCAUGCCGUGUUAUUGCAAGACUCAAAAAAGAAAGGGACGAAGCAAGGUCAUUACUUGCUCAGGCUGAGAGACAAAUUCCCGCAGCACAAUCAGCAGUUGCAGUAAAUGCUUCUGUCCAUAGCAAUGGAACGCCAGUUGCUGAUGACCAGCAGGGACGUGGUGUGAGCAAUAUACGACCUGGAAUAUCUGCCAGUAUCCUAGAGAAAAUGACCGAAUGUAAUGUAACUCUUUCACAGCAGCGGAAGAUGCGGCAGAUAUCCCCAACAUUAGCUCCAGUUGAUGCGUUGGAGAGGUAUACUCAGAUAUCUAGUCAUCCUCUUCAUAGAACAAGCAAACCAGGAAUUUUAUCGAUUGAUAUUCAGUCUAACAAGAAUCUCAUUGCAACUGGAGGGGUUGAUACAAAUGCUGUAAUCUUUGAUCAGCCAUCAGGGCAAAUAAUAUCUACUCUUAGUGGUCAUUCAAAGAAGGUUACAAGCGUGAAAUUUGUAGGUCGGGAUGAUGUGUUCAUAAGUGGGUCAGCAGACAAGACAGUUCGCAUAUGGCAAGGCUCUGAUGAUGGAAACUAUAACUGUAGGCACAUUUUGAAGGACCAUACUGCUGAGGUGCAAGCUGUUACUGUGCAUGCCACUGGUGACUACUUUGUGACUGCUUCUCUUGAUAGUACAUGGUGCUUUUACGAUAUUGCUUCUGGGUUAUGUCUAACACAGGUUGAGGAUGCUUCUGCUUCGGAAGGCUAUACAUCUGUUGCAUUUCAUCCUGAUGGUCUCAUUCUUGGAACUGGCACCUCAGAGGCUCUUGUGAAAAUUUGGGAUGUAAAGGGUCAGUCAAAUGUUGCAACGUUUGAGGGACAUGUUGGUGCAAUAACUGCAAUCUCCUUCUCUGAGAAUGGUUACUUUCUUGCGACUGCAGCUAGUGAUGGCAUUAAGUUGUGGGAUCUACGAAAAUUGAGGAACUUCAAGAAAUUUACUCCCUACGAUGCUGAACCAACAAACUGUGUUGAAUUUGACUACAGUGGAAAUUACCUUGCUGCUGCAGGCUCUGAUAUAAGAAUCAUCCAAACAGCUAGCGUCAAAAGUGAAUGGAACACUAUAAAGACUUUCCCUGACAUGUCUGGCACAGGUAAAGCAACAAGUGUGAAGUUUGGACCAGAUGCAAAUUAUAUUGCAGUAGGAUCAAUGGACCGAAACCUUCGCAUUUUUGGCCUGCCUGGCGUAGAUGGUGCAAUGGAGUCCUGAAGUGGUGAUAAUCUGCAGUUUGCUGAAUCAAGAUAAUUUCGAAAUUUACUUGAAUGCAUCUUGUUGGCGGCUUUGUAGCAAAUCUACCAUUCGGAAUGUAUUUCUGUAGUUUUAUGUUUCCAUGUGCAGUAUCAGCUGAGCGUUAAACAUAUUCGAGGAAAAAAAUAGAGGAAUGCUGAAGCGAUUUUUGAAUAUCUUGGCAUAUCAUACUUUUAGUUGUACUAUUUUCAUAUGUUGCCUUAAAAUCUCUCGUCUUAACUUCUUUGGUGAUGAAGACUUGAAAAAAGAAUGCAACAUAUUGGUAUUU